UCUUAUCCGAGAACAAACGCGGUUGCUAGACCCACGUGAUAUAUGCCUUACGAGACUUCGAUGAGAAAGGCGACUCGUCAGUUUUCCACAUCGUUUCUCUAUGGUGCGUCGAUGGAUGACACCGGAAUCAACGAGGAGAUGUCAUUUGUGCUUGACCGGAUACCUGUGAUGGAACAAAAUUUGGACAAAUAUCGCGCCGAAUCAGCAAAGAAUGAGUCCGAGAACGAGAGUAACGAGGAGGAUUACACGCGCUCGCCGGUGUUGCUCGACCUGGACGAGAACUCGAAGCAGCAGCAACGAAAAGCUGCAAGUCGGGAAGUGAGCUCAUCGAGUUCCACAGUAAAUCAACAGGAUCAAGGAUUAAUUCCAGAAGAAACUACGCGUUCACAGUCUGCAAGAAGCAGAUGGCAAGAAACGAGUUACGAGUCGCGCGACGAACAAACUUCCGAGGGAGAGAGAGUGCUUAUGAUUAGAGUACCGGAACCGGAAAUAAUCGGCGGACACUCGCAUCUCGAGAUGCUCCACGAAGCCAACAUCAAAUCGGUGCAACGAGAGCCAUCGCAGACUGAGAAAGGUGCGGCAAUGUCAAAUUGCGCAUCGCCUGACUACAAGAAGUCGGCAUGUGAUCGCGAGCGCACCCGCAUGCGCGACAUGAACCGCGCUUUUGAGCUGUUACGAUCGAAGCUACCGAUCUGCAAGCCGCCCGGUAAGAAACUCUCCAAAAUAGAGUCUUUACGCCACGCCAUCACGUACAUCAGGCAUCUGCAGAGUCUGCUAGAGCCGCAGUACAGCUAUCCUAUGCCCAGCGUACCCGAUCGACCCGGGGGCGGCUAUUACGCGACUUCCUCCCUGGGCCCACCGACGUCCUACGAAGUGCAGCAUCCGGGCCGAUGGGAGUCCCUAGCUUACUACCGAUACGAUUAUCACGCACCUUUCGCCACCCCGUCGCCACCAACCUUGGUGCCACCCCUGCAGUCGAGACUGCCAGUCGAUCAGGACGAUCGACAGUUUCCUUAUGAAGCGCGUCAUUAAUGUUGUCUCUUUCGAGAAAUUGAUUGACUCUUUGAAGAAGAAAAGAAAGCUAUACGAAAUAAAUUUCUAUCAUUUUGUUAUAAGAUCUAUCCUUGUUGCACCUUUUUAUUCGCUUUAUAAACGAAAUAAUGCAUUUAGGUUUUCAAGAGAAAAAUAGAAAAAACGAUAAGAUUGCUAAAAAAACAUCGAAAGACACAAUCAAAAAGAAAAUAAUCUCAUGAAUCAUGUAAAAAGGAAAAUUUAUACGAGUGCCUUAUUUAUAGAGAUUAAACCAGUCUGUCUAUUUUUCUUCGUUGCUGUAAUAUAUCAUUCCUACAAAGUCAUUAAUCUCCCGAGAAACUAUUACUCCGAGUAAAAGCGCAUUAGGAAUUUAAUACACAGUAAUCCAAAGCAUUAUUGUGUAAGAUAUACAGGAUGUCCCAAAAGUCCCGGACCGGUCAAAUAUUUCAUAAACUAUGCACUUUAGAAAUAAAUGUUUCAGACAAAAGUUGUAUGGUUUGAAGGGGGCCAUCAGAUAGU